CUCUCCCACCCAACGCUUUUCACUAUCUCUCUUAUUUAACCUCUCUUCUUCUCUUCUCCGAUCAAUAAUGGAUUCAUUCUCAGACCAACGCCGCAAGAGGAACCACCUCUCACCACCCCUCUUCCUCUCUUUCUCCAUACUACUCUCCCUAUUCCUCUUCCUCAACCACUUUCACUACUCCUUCCACUCUUCCACCUCACACUCUCUUCUCCUAUCAACGCCACUCCGACUCCAUCAUGGAAUCCUCUUCCCUCAUCACGUGCUCCUCACGCUCUCCAAUCCCCACCACACUCUCCCCCCUCCCAACCACCUCCAAUGCCUCUUCUACACCCCCCUCAACCACCUCCACGUUGAACCGGUCCUCUCCACCGACCGCUUCGACCAGUUGAGUUCCAUAGUAAGGUGCCCUCUCCCUGCGACCAGCUCAAAUUUCUCUGCCGUUGACUUGCGCCGCCGCGGGGACCCUGGUGGCGGAACUCUCGCCGCCCUCGACAACCAAACCGUUCUCAGCUGGAACAACCUGGCCUACGUGGCCGAACUCGACGGCGACACCGCCGUCGUCUUCGUCAAGGGACUCAACCUCCGUCCACACCGAAUCUCCGACCCGACCAGAUUCCAGUGCCACUUCGGACUCACCGGUUCCCAAAACGCUGCGUUUUCUAUCACAACGAAAGCCGUCACCGUAGCUCAAGAAGUGGUAAGGUGCUCCUUGCCGCACUCCAUCAAGAACUACCAUGACAAAGCUGAGGAAAUAAGUCAAAUAACCGUAACGGUUAGUCACGUGACGGGUCACGUGAGACAUCCGGUUCGCGAGGUGAUGCCAUCUGUCGCUAGGGUCCACGGAUACACUGCUAGGAAUAAUGGUGGAGCACGGAAGAAUAAGCACGAGUUGUGCGCGUGCACCAUGGUGUGGAAUCAAGCGCGCGCGUUGAGAGAGUGGGUUAUGUACCACUCGUGGCUCGGCGUCGAACGGUGGUUCGUGUACGAUAACAACAGCGACGCCGACGACGGAAUUGACGGCGUCGUUAAGGAUCUGGAUGCUAAAGGCUACAACGUUAGUAGAGUGACGUGGCCUUGGAUUAAGACGCAAGAAGCAGGGUUUUCGCAUUGCGCUUUGAAGGCCAAAGAACACUGUAACUGGGUUGCGUUCUUCGACGUUGAUGAAUUCUUCCAUUUCCCCAACGAAUUGGGGGAUAGAAAGAAUGCACUGAGAUCCGUGGUUUCGAACUUGUCAUCUUCGAAUUCGGUUGCGGAGAUAAGAACAGAGUGUCGUAGUUUCGGCCCUUCUGGACUAAGGUCACACCCUAAACGAGGGGUGAGUUUAGGGUACACAUGCAGGGUAAGGAGCAGCGAGAGGCACAAGUCAAUAGUGAGGCCUGAAAUGAUUGACGCGAGUUUGUUGAAUGUGGUGCAUCAUUUUGAGCUGAGGGAGGGUUACGGGCACAGGAACAUUGGUGAGGGGAGUAUGGUGGUGAACCACUAUAAGUACCAAGUGUGGGAGAGUUUCAAGGCUAAGUUCCAUAGGAGGGCUGCUACGUAUGUUGUGGACUGGCAUCAGGACCUUUGCAAAGCCUCCAAGGAUCGGGUACCCGGUCUUGGAACUCAAGCUGUUGAACCGGCUGACUGGCGCUUCAGGUUUUGUGAGGUUUGGGAUACUGGCCUCAGGGAUUUUCUUCUUUCCAAUUUUGUUGAUCCGGUUACAGGGUUGAUGCCUUGGGAAACAAGCAAUGAGAGAGAGGACUAGUAUGCACUCGCACUUUCGACGGAGAUUUUCAACCCGCAUUCACCUGGGAUUAGUUAGUUUAUACGUAUAUACAUUAUACACUGACAAACAACACUUACUAUACUACUUUCAAUUUUUUUUUUUUUUUUUGGGUGGGGG